CAUCCCCUGAAGGGUGCUUGAGUCUCUCUCUUCUGCUCCUGCUGACCAACGGAGAAAGAGGUCCCGGCAACCAGCCCGGCCUCAACUCAAGCAUGCAGUCGCCCCUUGCAGAACGGGUGCAGGUUCGUGUAGAAGAGGAGGUUUUCUAUGUGGACAAAGCUCUUCUGGUAGAACACAGCGAAUACUUCCGCGCUCUCUUCCAGUCUGGCAUGAAAGAGAGCACGCAGAAAGAGAUCCGGAUCCGGGAUCUGAGCGCCACAGGCUUCCUUAUCAUGUUGAAAAUCCUAGAGGGGGGUUACCCUACCCUGAGCUGCGAGGAAAACCUUCGGGCCGUGGAGUGUGCCGCCUUCCUCCAGGUAAAAGCGAUGGCCAAAUAUCUGAUUAACUCCCUCAAUUCUGACAACUGCAUCAUUCUGUUCCAAGCUGCUGCCAUGUUUGGCCUUCUGGAUCUCUUCCAUAGCGCUGCGCUGUACAUAAGGGACAGUUACGCGGACCUAGAAGAGUACCUGGAUUGCCUUUCUCCAGAACUUCUGGAUUAUGUCGAGUCCCUUAUCCCCAGCACCUUUGUGGCGGUGGGAGCUCACACUCCCACAUAUGAGUUCUUGGAGGACCUCUCCCGAACCAUCUGCUACCUAGAUGAGGAGAAGAACAUCUGGAGGACACUUUCCUGCUUACCGUUGACCGCCAGCACAUUUUUAGCUGGCAUAGCCAUGAUGGAUAACAAGAUUUACAUUGUGGGCGGGGUCUAUGGUUACAACAAACAGAUUGUGGAUCAAAGUUUUUGCUAUGACGCCACGGCCGACAGUUGGAGCGAGUUCCCCGGCCCUCAGCAGCUCCGCUACGACGUCACAUUGACAGCCCACGGAGAUUAUCUGUAUGCCAUUGGUGGGGAAUUUGAGAAGACCCCUCUGAAGUCAGUGGAGAAGUUCAAUGUAUCCACCAACGCUUGGAGUUUCAUCUCAGACCUGCCUCAGCCAGCAGCUGCAGCCCCUUGUGCCCAAGCCAUGGGGCGCAUCUUUGUUUGCUUAUGGAAGCCCCUAGACACCACCAUCAUCUACGAAUAUGAGCCUCGGAAAGAUGAAUGGCUUUCUGUCUCCACCCUCAACAGGCCUCAAAGCUACGGCCAUUGUAUGGUGGCCCACAGGGACAAUCUCUAUAUCAUGCGGAAUGGGCCCUUCGAUGACUUCUUGCGAUGCAUGAUUGACUGUUACAAUCUUACCACUAAGCAAUGGAUAUCUUUGCCUGGACAGUAUAUGAACAGCAAAGGAGCCCUUUUCACUGCUGUCAUCAAGGGGGACACGGUUUAUACUGUCAACAAGAUGUUGACACUCUUGUACGCCAUAGACGAGAAUACGUGGAAAUUCAAAAAGGAGAAGGCUGGAUUCCCAAGGAGUGGUUCUCUACAGACCUUCCUUCUCCGCCUUCCAAGAACAAAUCACAGCAUUGCAACUUAAGAGACCCAAAUCUCCGUCACACAGAACGUUCAGAGACUUAGAACUUCUUAUCCGCGGCCAGAUGCUCACGUUUUCUCUUUCCUUUUCCAGCUCUCCGGAGGCAUAACAAAAAUUUAACCUAGGGUUGUUAUGGCUCUGGUUCAACUAAAUUCUCUUUGCGCAGAAUCUCAAAAGGAAGAGGUUUAAGUGAUUUCCUCCCAAAGCAAUGUAAUAUUUCCUAUUCUUGCUAUUGCAGUUGGGUUCCUAGUUAUGCGGGCCUUGAACAAUGGUCAUUCCCUGUGUUUGUUUGUCUUGGACUAGUAGGUCCUCCGCUCGGACCAACACUAUUGAGGGGUAGUAGCUACAACGAGACGGGUGUCAGCCUUGGCACUACUUACUAGCUACUGCAGCUAUCAAGAGUGGUUAAAAGGAACUGGCAUUCGCGAGAAUCAGUGUGCAAGUGACAUUCAUGGGACAUGCCCAUUAUAGGCCCUUCAAGACCAUUGAGGCAUGGGGUACCCAGAAUUGCAGGCCUCAAGAUGAUUUUUGAUCUGGCAUAAUCUCCCCUUAAAAGCCCUGAUCUCCCCUUAAGAGCCCAAGAUAAUCUCCUCUUAAGAGCCCCGUGGCGCAGAGUGGUAAGCGGCAGUACUGCAGCCCAAGCUCUGCUCACAAUGACCUGAGUUCGAUCCUGGCGGAAGCCGGGUUCUGGUAGCCGGCUCAAGGUUGACUCAGCCUUCCAUCCUUCCGAGGUCGGUAAAAUGAGUACCCAGUUUCCUGGGGGUAAAGUGUAGAUGAAUGGGGAAGGCAAUGGCAAACCACCCCGUAACAAAAAGUCUGCCAAGAAAACGUCGUGGUGUGAUGUCCCCCCAUGGGUUAGUAAUGACUCGAUGCUUGCACAGGGGACUGCCUUUACCUACCUUUAAUCUCCCCUGUUCAGUGUCACAAAGGAGCUCUUACUCAUUCACUCACUCAUAACAUCCAGUGUUAACAUUGUUGGGAAAUGUUUUGUGUUAGUAGGGUUGCCAACUGAGUUGGGAAAUUCCUGGAGAAUUGGGAGGCGGAGCCAGUGGACAGCCAGGUUUGGGGAGAGCUCCAAAACAGCCAUCGUCUCCAGGGAAACUGAUCUCUGUAGAUCAGUUGUAAUUUUGGGAGGCCUCACCUGCAAGUUACCCUCAAUAAAGCAUUGAUAAGGUAAACUAUU